CCAAGUGGAUCUUUUGCCAUUAGCCUCGCGAUUAUUACUAUGCCGCCCAUGCCAUUUCCCAACGUCUCUCUCAACGCAUGACCUGCAACUUCUGCAAAGCAGUAAAAACACCCGCCUCUGCUUUCCUUGCACCUUCCUUAAUGUCUCUCUCUCUUUUUUAUAUUUGAUUCUGAGGUUGCAUCGAAUGUUAUCUAUAGAAACUUCUCUAAAAUCAGAUCUGGUAUUUGUAUAAAUUAUACACAUACCUUAUCCUUUCUGAUAAAGCAGCCCAGAAUGAAAAAUGUUGUUUUGAGUGAGUGAGGCUCUGUCCGUGUGUGUGUUUGUGUCCUAUAAUAUUUAUAUAUAGUGAGAGAGAGAGAAUUGCCUAGGAAUUGAUAAAACGGUUGAUUCUUCUGUGGGAUUUUGGGAUUUCAGGAAAUGGGUAGGUGUUGGUUUAGUGGGGUUUUGAUUGGGUUAGGGUGUGUGUGGUGGGUGGUGGUUGGUGUGGUGGAGGGAUACCCAGCUGAGGAUCUGGUGGUGAGGUUGCCUGGGCAGCCAAAUGUUGGGUUCAAGCAGUAUGCUGGGUAUGUUGAUGUGGAUGUGAAAGCUGGGAGGAGCUUGUUUUACUACUUCGUUGAAGCAGACAGGGAGCCUGACAAGAAGCCCCUCACUCUUUGGCUCAAUGGAGGUCCAGGCUGCUCCUCUAUUGGUGGAGGUGCCUUUACAGAGCUGGGUCCAUUUUAUCCUACAGGUGAUGGUAGAGGCCUCCGAAGAAAUUUAAUGUCAUGGAAUAGAGCAUCAAAUCUCCUCUUUGUUGAGUCUCCUGCUGGAGUAGGAUGGUCAUACUCGAAUACAAGUUCAGAUUAUAAUUCUGGCGAUGCGUCCACUGCAAGGGAUAUGCACACAUUCCUGUUGAAAUGGUAUGAGAAGUUUCCAGCUUUCAGAUCUCGGGAGUUGUUUCUUACCGGAGAAAGCUAUGCAGGGCACUACAUACCGCAAUUGGCUAUAGCUAUAUUGGACCAUAAUGAACAUUCAACUGGUUUCAAGUUCAAUCUGAAAGGGAUUGCUAUUGGCAAUCCACUGCUGAGACUUGAUCGUGAUAUUCCGGCAACGUAUGAAUACUUUUGGUCUCAUGGAAUGAUUUCUGAUGAAAUCGGCCUCACUAUCAUGAACGAAUGUGAUUUUGAUGAUUAUGUAUUUGCAAAUCCUCACAAUGUAACCGUUAAGUGCAACACUGCAGUAUCUCAAGUAAAUCAAAUAAUUGGCGAUUAUAUAAACAAUUACGACGUGAUCCUUGAUGUUUGUUAUCCGUCUAUAGUGCAGCAAGAGUUGAGACUACGGAAAAUGGCUACUAAGAUAAGUCUUGGAGUUGAUGUAUGUAUGAGCUCUGAAAGACAUUUUUAUUUUAACCUUCCUGAGGUUCAGAAAGCCCUUCAUGCAAAUCGUACAAACUUACCUUAUAGUUGGAGUAUGUGUAGUAAUGUUCUAAAUUACAGUGAUACUGAUGGUAACAUCAACAUUCUUCCCUUGCUCGCAAGGAUAGUUCAUAAUCGUAUACCAGUUUGGGUUUUCAGUGGCGAUCAAGAUUCUGUUGUACCAUUAUUGGGUUCCCGAACACUUAUCCGGGAACUAGCACAUGAUCUAAAGUUCCAGAUAACGGUCCCAUAUGGAGCUUGGUUUCACAAAGGCCAGGUGGGAGGUUGGGCUACAGAGUAUGGAGAUCUAUUGACUUUUGCCACAGUAAGGGGUGCUGCUCAUAUGGUUCCAUAUGCUCAACCGUCAAGAGCAUUGCACCUGUUCAGUUCAUUCAUUCGUGGCCGGAGAUUGCCCAACACAACGCAUCCUUCCAUUUCCGAUUAAACAGGUUAUAGAAUUGGUACAAUGUAGUGGCAGAAGUUAGCAGUUCGAGCAGAGCAUUUCUUUACCGCAAGGGCAAUAAAGAAGGGUGAUUUGUUUUUGGCAAGAGUAUGAAAGAGAGUGUAGAAAAGAAUAUUUCAACGACAUUCGCAAAAAAAAAAAAAGACAUUUAAUUUGAGGCGAAUGAAGAACUUCUCUGCAUUCUUUGUUUGUUGUUGGACUUUACAUUUCACCCAUAGGUGUUGUUUUUAAUACAUAUAAGAUGGGAAGAUAUUCAUUGAAUUGAUAAUCGUUUCACUUUUGUGUUUGAAUCAUAUGAAAUGAAACUGUUUACCUUCUGAAUGAA